AUGGUCAGUGCUAAUGGACUGGACUCAGACCCUCGUGCAGUUGCUAAAAGCCGUGAGAAAAGCAUAUCGCACGAGAGGUCACGCAGGUGCGCUGGGGAAAUCGCCGCCUAUGUGGACGAAGAGGUUCACCCAGAUCUUUGCCACGCUAUCAAUUCCGUGGAGGAGAGGGUUCACCCAGAUCUUAGCACAUAUAAUUCUGUGGACGAGAGGGUUCGCCCAGAUUUUAGCACGUAUAAUGUGGACGAGAUGUACCUACGUGGAGACACCGAGGAUUCUGGUCCCGUGGAGGAGCCCUUCGAACAGACCAACCCGGACGUCGUCGAUGGCAAAAACCUCUUCGAGAAGGAUAUCAUGCUGACGGAGGCCCAGUGGGAGCAGGUGCUGGCGAGGAAGGGCUUGGCCGCCGAGUCGAGGCGCUGGCCCGAGGACGCCUCUGGGACUCCGCGCGUCAAAUACCCGCUUCGCCGACGAGAACGUGGACCAGCAGGCCGUCCUCGCAGGCAUCGCCCACUGGGAGACUCACACCUGCGUUCGCUUCGACCUCAUCACCGACGCCAACCAACCGCACCUCAUGUUCCGUCAGCUGAGCGGCUGCUGGUCCUACAUCGGCUACCUACCCGAAUACUUCCCGAGAGGACAAAACAUAUCGAUUGGUCUUAA